AAGAGUAACCCUUUUCUAUACAUUUCAUUUCUGCUCACCGCGAUUCAAAUGACUCGGCUUUCAGAAAGACGAUUAGAUCUCAUCUUCUUUACGUACUUUGCUACACACAUUCCCAUCACUGCUCUGAUAGAUCUCCAAUCUAUCUACCCUUCAUUCUUGGUGCCUUCUUUCCUAAAGAAUGUAGUUGCAUGGUACCUCGAGCAAUUCAAGGAUCCCAUCAUGGCCGGUCCAGCAAAACCUUGGUUUCUCUCAUUUAUUUUGUGUGAAGCAUUUAUUCAGUUGCCGUUCUUUUUCUACGCGUGCUAUGGCUUAUAUUAUAAUACGUCUUCUAUUCGCCUCGGUCUUGCUGUCUAUAGCUCUCAUGUUAUGACUACCGUAUUACCUGUCUUGGUUGACUUAUGGUUUAAUCCGGAAUACGAUCUUUCCUUACCAACAAUCGGUGUCCUCUAUAUGUUUUAUGCACCUUACUUUAUAUUGCCCUUGAUAAUGCUGAUCGACUCUUGUCUAAAGGUCUCUAAACAAACGUCUGCCACAGUCAAGCAUGAAAAACAGUCGUAGGAUAAAGGAAAUUACAGAGGUUAGAUAUAUAUAUAUAUAUAUAUAUCAAAGGAUACUUUAGUAGAACAAAAUGGCAUGUCUCAAGUACGAUAAUAAAUGUAUACACCUCA